CGCCUCCUCGUCCUCUCCGGUGUCGUCCCGCCGCCCACUCCCAUGGCCUCCCUCGCCAUCCCGGCCUUGCGCCCGGCGGGAGCCAAGCUCACCGGCAAUAUCACACCCACGAAUCCCUGGAGGCCCGCUCGCCAAUGCGCUUGCGCGUCCGGUGGCCAUGUCGGGGAGUUGUCAGCUCUGGCCCCGGAGGCUGAGGCAGAGCAGGCGGUGGUGAGCGAGGUCAAGCCAAGGUUUAGGUGGGACGCGUUCGGGUCCGACCUGACUGGGCCGCAGCAGCGGGCGGUCCGGGUCCUGUCUCCGAAGCUGCCCAACCGCUGCAAGGCCCUGGUGGCGCGCGUGGUGUGCCUGAGCCCCGGGGACGAGAGGCUUGGCGCGCUGCUCGCGUACUGGGUGAAGGCGAUGAAGCCUAAGAGAGCGGAUUGGUUGCUGGUUCUCAAGGAACUGAAGGCCAUGGAGAGCCCGCUGCUUGCUGAGGUACUGGAGCAUGCAUUGCUGGAAAAUUCUUUCGAGGCAAACGUUCGUGACUACACCAAGUUGAUCCACAUCUACGGCAAGCAGAAGCGACUGCAGAAAGCCGAGGACGCAUUUGCCGCCAUGAAAGGCAGAGGUUUCCCUUGCGAUCAGGUCAUGCUGACCGCACUGAUGGACAUGCACAGCAAGGCUGGAGAUCUUGCCCGUGCAAAGGAAAUAUUCGGGGAAAUCGUGCUGCUCGGUCUCCCACUGGAUAAGCGCGCGUACGGCUCGAUGGUCAUGGCCUAUGUCAGGGCCGACAUGCUGCCGGAAGCAGAGGAUCUGAUCAAAGAAACGGAGGAGCAGCAGGUGUUCGCCGGGAAGGAGGUUUACAAGGCGUUGCUGAGAGCCUAUUCAUACAGAGGCGAUCCAGAUGGGGCGCAGCGGGUCUUCGAUGCAGUACAGUUUGCGGGGAUAGUGCCUGACACGAAGCUGUGCGCGCUACUGGUGAAUGCCUACUGCCUCUCCGAUCGGAUCGAGGAAGCUGUCUGUGUGAUCCGCAAUAUGAGAAGCGCGGGAGUGGAGCCCUGUGACAAAUGUGUUGCUUUGGUGUUGGGUGCUUGUGAGAAGGUCAACAUGCUAGAAACAGCGCUGGGGUUUCUGACAGAGCUUGAAGAGAACGGUGUUUCGAUUGGCCAAGAGCCCUCUCAGUUGCUUGCUGCGUGGUUCAGGAAGCUUGGGGUGGUUCGUGAGGUCGACCAGGUUCUGAAGGACCUCUCGUCAGAGGACAUGACGAGUAGACCAAGCUUUGCGGUUUCUUUAGAACAGCAGUAGCGAUCUAUUGGUGACUUCGUUAAAAGUUUUGGCUCUGUAUAUCCAAGCAAAUAACACUCUUGGAUAUUCACUGGCCAGAAGCUGAGCCAUGUGAUGUACUGUACAUCCAUUAGGAUCAUUUCAGACCAUUUAGAUGUGUGGUAAGUUUCUGUCCAAUGCUUCCUUGUUUCUCUGUCCGAGAUACUUUUCUCAAGUUAAUUGACAUCCUUUCAAAAGAGAAAUAAAUGUUGCAAGCCUGC